GGUACUAGUGGGUGGGCGUCCUUUACUGGAGCACCCGCUGCUUCUUUAACUGCUCACAAAGUCUUUCCAAUGGGUCACUGAUCUGCUUGAUCUACAGAGAGAGACACAGAGAGAGAGACAGAGAGAGAGAGCGCUGGGUUUUGAGAGGCAACAAGAGUGAUUUAAAUUCUGGGGUUCCGGCUCCACUUGGUGACCGCUCAAGAUGACGUCUCUGUUCCGGAGUGAAGAGAUGAGCCUGACCCAGUUGAUUCUGCAGGUGGAGGCGGGAUAUUGCUGUAUAGCGGAGCUGGGAGAGCUGGGAUUGGUGCAGUUCCGAGACCUGAAUUCCAGCAUCAACAGUUUCCAGCGACGUUUUGUGAAUGAGGUGCGUCGGUGUGAAUCCAUGGAGCGGAUCCUGCGCUUCCUGGAAAGCGAGAUGGCCAACGACAAAAUUGAAAUCCGGACACCGGAGAAGCCGCCGCAAACUCCAUUACCCCGAGAAAUGAUUGACCUGGAGACGGUCCUGGAGAAACUGGAAGGGGAAUUUCAGGAGGUGAACCGGAACCAGCAGCUGCUCAAACAGAACUUCCUGGAGCUGACGGAACUCAAGCACCUGCUGAAAAAGACUCAUGACUUUUUCGAGGCAGAGGCUAACCUGCCAGAUGACUUCUUUAAUGAGGACACCAGCAGCCUGCUAGAACUCCGAACAAUCCCCAGUGCUGCAGCUGCGGGGAAAUUGGGGUUCACGGCCGGAGUCAUCAACCGAGAGAGAAUGGCAACCUUUGAGCGGUUAUUAUGGAGGGUUUGCCGGGGGAACAUUUACCUGAAGUACACGGAAAUGGACAUGGCGCUGGAAGAUCCAAUCACAAAAGAAGAGGUAAAGAAGAACGUGUUUAUUAUAUUCUACCAAGGAGACCAACUGAAACUGAAGAUUAAGAAAAUCUGCGAUGGAUUCAAGGCCACAGUGUACCCGUGUUCUGAGUCUGCCACUGAGCGCAAGGAAAUGGCGGCCGACGUCAACACAAGGAUCGAAGACUUAAACACGGUUAUCACCCAAACGGAGUCUCACCGGCAGCGGGUUUUGCUGGAGGCUGCCCAAAGUCUGUGCAACUGGAGCAUCAAGGUGAAGAAAAUGAAGGCGGUGUAUCAUGUCCUGAACUUGUGCAACAUCGACGUUACCCAGCAGUGCGUCAUUGCCGAGAUCUGGUGCCCUGUGUCCGACAAGGAACGGAUUAAACGAGCCCUUCACCGUGGCAUGGAGCGCAGUGGUUCCACCAUUGCUCCGAUUCUGACCAAUAUCUCUUCCAAGCUGGAGCCACCAACCUUCAACCGCACAAACAAGUUCACAACAGGAUUCCAGAACAUUGUUGAUGCUUACGGAGUUGGGAAUUACAGGGAGAUGAACCCAACACCCUACACCAUCAUCACAUUCCCCUUCCUCUUUGCCGUGAUGUUUGGAGACUGUGGACAUGGAAGUGUCAUGCUGGGAUUUGCCCUCUGGAUGGUUCUAAAUGAGAAAAAGCUGUUAGCAUCGAAAACGGAUAAUGAGAUCUGGAACACGUUCUUUGGGGGACGCUACCUGAUCCUGCUCAUGAGUAUCUUCUCUAUCUACACUGGGUUCAUUUAUAAUGACUGCUUCUCCAAAUCCUUUGAUAUCUUUGGAUCUUCCUGGAGAGUCCGUCCUAUGUUUCUCAACAAAACAUGGAAUGAUCAUAUGGUGCAUCAGGGGUUGCAGUUGCAAUUAGAUCCUGCUGUUCCAGGAGUGUUUUCUGGAAACCCAUAUCCCUUUGGAAUUGACCCAAUCUGGAACAUUGCCAAAAACAAGUUAACCUUCCUCAAUUCGUACAAGAUGAAGAUGUCUGUUAUACUGGGGAUCACCCAGAUGGUUUUUGGGGUGAUGCUUGCCCUUUUCAACCACGUACACUUUAAGAGGUCCAUCAACAUCAUCCUGCAGUUCAUUCCUGAGAUGAUCUUCAUCAUCUGCCUCUUUGGGUACCUGGUCUUCAUGAUCAUCUUCAAGUGGUGCAAGUAUGAUGCAUACACCUCACAAAAGGCCCCGAGCAUCCUUAUCCACUUCAUCAACAUGUUCCUCUUUAACUACAGUGACCCGACCAAUCUGCCUCUCUAUGAACAUCAGAAAGAAGUGCAGACGUUCCUCGUCAUUUUCGCCUUGAUUGCCGUCCCUUGGAUGCUGUUAAUAAAACCCUUUAUCCUGCGUGCAAAUCACUUGAAAGCUCAGCGCAUGCUUCAGUCAUCGCCGGAGCACGAGGAUCACGCGGAACUCACAGAUGUGGAAAAUGCUCAAGCCAACCACAACAAGAGUGCUGUAAAAGAGGAGCACGGAGAUCAUGGAGGAGGACAUGGAGAGCAUGGUGGAGAGUUUGAUUUUGGGGAUAUAUUUGUUCACCAAGCUAUCCAUACCAUAGAGUAUUGCCUGGGGUGCAUAUCCAACACCGCCUCCUACCUGCGUCUCUGGGCUUUGAGUCUGGCUCACGCACAGCUGUCUGAGGUGCUGUGGACCAUGGUAAUGCACCAAGGCCUGAGCAUUGCCACUUGGGGAGGACUUAUUGGCGUCUUUAUUAUAUUCGCUGCCUUUGCCGUUCUGACUGUGGCCAUCUUGCUGGUCAUGGAGGGACUUUCUGCCUUUCUCCAUGCUCUUAGGCUCCACUGGGUUGAAUUCCAGAACAAGUUUUAUUCCGGAAUGGGCUAUCUUUUCAGUCCGUUUUCCUUCCAGCGUAUCCUGGAUGGAACAGCUGAUGAGUAAUAAGGAGAUACAAGCUCCGACCAGCUUCCUAUUUAUACCCCCGGCAUGAAGAAUAUGUGCAACAUUCCCAUGCUAUCCUCAUAGAUAAUUGCACUUUCAAUCAUAUAGCACCACCUUGCACACAUUCUGUCCUGAUGCUCCAAUUGGCUGAUGUCAUAUGCCCAACCCACAAAAACAUAGGUUUAAGGAAAAGUAAACCCUCCAAUGUAACAUGCCUCAUUGUACUCUUCUGAGCACUUUUUCAAUUGGUAUUAUUUUUUUGUAUUCUUGUGAUGUUGUUCUGCUUGGGACUGAACACAACUCACAUGAUUCUUGAAGUCUCGCUGACUUUAUUUUCCGAGCAGAACACCCUCACUAGACUUUCCGAAAAUGGCUAAUUUCUUGAAAAGUUGAGGGGGAAAAAAAAUUCAUUACUUUGGAGGUUUUACCUUUCAUUUUAUUGGUUUAAACCCAAUGCGAGAAUGAAACACAGCCGACCAUACCAUGCUAACAAUUAAAACUGUCAUAAAAUUAUUAAUGAAAUAAAAUGAAAUGAAUUAAAAAA